AUGCCGGUCUCCUCCGCCAUCAGCUGCUGCCAGCAGCUCAGACCUCCGGGUCCACCUCCGGCGCCGAGAGAAGAAGGCAGCAGCAGCAGUAGUCGUAUCCCGCUGUCGCGGCGCAGGGCGUGCUUUCUCGCGGCGGCGGCGGCGUGCGUGGUGGCCGUGGCGGCGGGAGGGGCCGGAGAAGCAGCGGCGAUGGCGCGGGGCGCGCCGCACGAGCACGAGGCGGCGGCGGCGGUGCGCGUGCAGGCUGGGGCGGCGGCGAGGUGGAGCGAGCGCAGGCAGUGCCCGCCGUGGCGGGCGAAUUCGCUGGAGAACGUAGUGCCGGAGAACCUGCCGCGCCCGUCGGCGCGGCGGAGGUACAACGGCGUCGGGGAGAGGGAUCCCGCGCCGGCGCCAGCCGCGUCGCCUGAGGCCGUGCUCCCGUUCCUGGCGCUGCGCUCCGGCGGCAUGGGCUGCUUCUCUCUCUAA